AUGAUAUACACUAGCUUGAACACUGUUGCCCCGCUCUUCCCUGUGCAAUUUGGGUUGGAGGGGGCAGGGGUUGUGUUGGGGGUUGUUCGCGGAUUGGGAAUGCAGUGGUUGACAGGGGUUCACGGGGCUUGUACUAGUGUUUCACGAUCGCAAGCGCCAAAGUUUGGCAAUUGGGAAAGUGAGGAGGAUGUUCCGUAUACCGUCUACUUUGAUAAUGCUAAUAGGAAGGGCAAGGUAGGUCCCAAGAUGAACCCAAAUGAUCCUCAAGAUUAUUCGGAUGCCGAAUUAAAGGGUCAAAAAGGACCAGAAACAACAAAGCCAAAGCAUUCUAGGCUCUCAAGCAGAGAAGAUGGCGAUCCAAGGAGGCCAAUGGACUCUCCACUGCACUCUGAUGCCAUGAGUCAGAAAUCUGCUCAUGAAUCGCCUCAUCAUAGGCUAGGUGGUCCAAGAUAUGGAAGCAGUAAAUCAGAAGUUGAAGGACCAAAGGGCCCGGACAUGAUCAGAUUGAAGCACGAUCGGCAGGUAAGUCGAGAAGAUGGUGAGAUGAGGAGGCCAACUGAAUCACCAUCACGAAGUGAGAUCUCUAGUCGAAGAUCUGCCCAUGAUUCUCCUCUUCAUCGUCACGGUGGUCUAAGUGCGGGUGACACUCCUAAGAGAAUUUCUAGGCAAAGUGUUGGAUCUGAUCGCAGUAUUGACAACUCACCACUACAUCCUCAUUCUCAGGCAAAGGCUGCAGUAAAGGGUAGUGGAGUUUCUUCGCCAUCUUGGGACCGAAAGAGCUCUGUAGAAGGUGGCCAGGGGAUGGCUCCCUUGACUCCUGGAAGAUCACGGCUAAGAUCAGUAACGAGAGGAGAUGAUACACCUGAUCACAGCCCUGCUGUUCCCAAAUUUGGUGAUUGGGAUGAGACGGAUCCAUCAUCGGCAGAAGGUUAUACUCACAUUUUCAAUAAAGUGAGAGAGGAGAAGCAGAGUGGAGCCGGAAAGGUGCCAGUGAUGCCAACAGAAGGAUCUUAUGCCAAUGGUCAGAAGCGAAAUGGGAAUGGAAACGCAAAGGUAAAAAGAAGCCCUCUUCAUGCCUUAGCUCCUGCAUAA